AACAACAAAGUAUCAUUUUCAAUAUUUACUCAUUUAUAAAGACUGUAGUGUUUUUCGUUUUUAGAAAGAAAAAUGAAAUACCUUGUUGUGUCAUUUCUAAAUGAACAGGGUUCAAUGUAUGUUAUACCAGACAAUUGGCUAUUAAAUGAUAAUUCAUGCUAUUGGCCACAAUAUGUUAGCGACGCCAGAGUAAAAACAAGCAAAGCCGGGGAAAUCCCAGAUGACACCUGGCCAAAGCACUCCAUUUCAAUUAUGUAUAGAACAGAAACAUAUGAAAAAGCAUGUAAAAAAUUGAUUCUUGCACAAGAAACUUUAGAUUUACAAACAGAAGAUGAAGAACAUCAGACACAAAGCCGCCAAAAAAGAAAGAACGAUUACUGGUAUUACGAACAAGAAAGUGAUAAUGACACUUAUAAAUGUAAUAACAGCUAUAAGCAAAGCAAAGCUAAAAUGGCGAAAAGGUUUUUGAAGAGACACAUUCUACCCGAAGCUCCCAAGAUAUCAUUGGCACAACCAAACCAACUGGUUGCAAAUAAUAUACUUACUAAUACAGUAUUAUUUCCAGUUUUGUUAACAUCUUUACCAAAUAACACAGAUCGAUUGUCGUCAGUAACAAAUUAAUACAAAAUUGCUGCAAAGUUUAACAGCGGGAAAAAAUGAUGAAUGAAUUUUUGAUAAGCUACACUUACCUCUUAACAACUUAAAAGAGCUAAUUACACUUGAAGAACUCCUAAAGAACGAUAAAACAGUACUUUUAAACUUAGUAAGUAAAUUUUGUUCAAAGCUUUUAUUUUCCCCUAGUUUAAUGGGGUUGACUAUAGUCACCCCCAUUAUCUAUAGAGCAGACU